GCUGCUGUCUGCUGCUGCUGGAGCCGCUGGGUCUUCUCUUUCUGGGUCUGCUGGAGCUGCUGGAACUGCUGGAGCUGUGUGUGAGGAGAUUGUUUCAGCGGGAGAGCUCAGAAUUCAGCGCAGAGCAGAAUGGACCCCAGCGCGGAGGAGUUCUGUGAUAUUCAGACGUUGCAUAAGGAGGCUUUGAGAAACGCUGUGCUGAACUCUACCCAGGCGAGUACUCUUCUAGGGGGCCAGUCCAUCAAUGACAUCAUUUUAAACCAUUGCUACACUCCUCUUUCUGCCAGCGUGGGUGAGGAGGCCUGUGUGGAGGAGAGUGAAGAGUGGGAGACGCUGGAGGCUGUGCUCUCCCGCGAGUUUGGAGAAGGUCAUGGGGGUCGUAAGGUGAUGCUGUGUGGAGGGGCUGGAAUGGGGAAGACCACAGGGGUGGAGCAGCUGAUUUGGGACUGGGCCGCAGGUACCCGUCUUCAGCACUACACCUUUCUUCUGCGGGUGUGUGUGGAUACCCUUUUCACCAGCAAAAAGAGCCUGGAGGGCUUGCUGCUGACCAGUCACGCUCAUUUUUCCACUGAAGCUCUUGCGAUUGUCCUGCAGAGGCCUGCGGAAUCGUUGCUUCUGGUUCUGGAUGGGCUGGACCGCUUUCAAAACCUUCUGUCUGAAUGUCCACCAUCGGAUGAGCUGGUGAAUGACCCACAGCAACCAGUAGGAGGCGCUGUGCUUCUCCACAGUCUUCUGGAGGGCUUUCUGCUGCCUGGAGCGUCAAUACUGCUCACCUCCAGAGAACCAAUCCUGGACCUGGAGUCUUUGCAGUGCGUCCAUCUGCUAGGCUUCUCUCAGGACCAGAGGAGAACGUUCGUCCAGCGUUUUUUCCAAAAUGAAGCCAAAGCAGAGCAGAUUCUCCAUCACUGUGAGCAAGCUGUGGGCAUGGCCGAACUCUGUGUGUGCCCCACCUUCUUUUGGAUGCUUUGCUGUGUGUAUAAGGAGUGUAAGGACCGUGCACCACAGACCCUGACUGAGCUGUGCUGCAUUGUAACCCACAAGAUUCUGCAAGAGCAUAGUGUGAGUAUGGAGGCAGGCAAGCAGCUCCUCUGUGGCCUGGGCAAGCUGGCAGAUCACUGCACCUCCCUAACACAGACAUCCUGCUCCUCCACUGAGGUCUUCGCCUGCGGCCUGCAGCCCUUCUUGGGUUCAGCGGUCCUUUCAGCCUUCCUGCGACUCAGUGGAGGUGAUAUCUCGUCUGAUGAAGCCACGUUCUCCUUCUUAUCGCCAGUCUUCAGAGAGUUUGUUUCAGCAGCCGCUUUCUACCUUGACCCGUCAGCUCCACACUCUGGUCAAGAUGAAGGCGGUAUCCCAGAAGAAGGAGAUGGCCUGCUUCAUGUGUUCCUCGCCGGCCUUUCAGACCCUGCACAGAGGACGCUUCUGAAGUCCUCGGUCGGUACGUUCAGCAGUGGCCGUCUUUCAGAGUUCCACCAAUGGCUGAUGAGUUCAGUGACGGAGGUUCUGCCAGGCUUUGAGAAGGAAAAGCACUGGCGUAUGUUCCAGCUCCUGCAUCACGCUCACAGCCCAGUGCUGGUCAGAGAGGGCGUGGGGUCCUGCCAGUGGAGGACGGUCAGCUACAGCGGCCUGCGGGUAGCGGACUGUGUGGCGCUGGCGUAUAUAGUGUGCUGCCUGGGGGAGAUGGAGCAUCUGAACCUGUACGGGAGCAAACUAACAGAGAAGCAGAUGCUGAAGCUCCUGCCUGUCUUCCAGCUGGCCAGAUCUGUUAAUUUGUCUCAGAGUCAUCUGAGCUCAGAUGGGCUCAGACACCUGGCGCAGGCUAUGAUGGACGGACAGACCACCGCGCUGAACCUGUCGUACUCCAAACUGGGGGACGAGGCAGUAAAGACUCUCUGUCCCGCCCUCAAACACUCCAACCUGCAGACGCUCAAUUUGAGAGUGUGUAAUCUGACCCCAGGGUGCUGUGAGGCUCUUGGUCAGAUGUUGUCGGGCUCUAAGCUGUGUGUGUUGGAUCUGGGAGGAAAUGACCUGCAGGACCAGGGCCUUUCUCAGCUCAUCAGUGCGGUGGGGACAUCCAGCUGCAGACUGCAGGAUCUCAGUAUAGGUAUGUGUUCUCUGAGUGGGGCGUGUGUUGCUGUGCUGUCAUCAGCUUUGAGCUCUUCUCUCUCUGAGCUGAAGAUACUGAACCUAAGGGACAACAGCCUGGCUGAAGACACUCUGGAGCUUCUCUCACAAGCCCUGCAGACAGGCCGCUCCAGCCUCAACACACUAACCUUGUUUGACUGUGAGCUGACGGAUUCAUGCUGCCCAUCCAUAGCGGCAAUCCUCCAAUCACAUAACUGCCAUCUGACUGAGCUGGACCUGUCUGUUAAUGAACUUGGCCAAUCAGGAGCUCUCGUCAUCUUUGACACCCUCACAGCUCCUCAGUGUCCCCUGAAGAAGUUAUGCAUGGUGAGGUGUGAGCUGACGGAGCAGGUUUUCAGUGUACUGGGAAGCGUGUUAGUAUCUGCGACGUCCAGAUUGAAGGAACUGGACAUUGGAAUAAACCCAGUUGGGGAUGCUGGAGCGAAACACUUGUGGAAGGCCCUGAAACACCCCAACUGCAAACUACAGCAUCUGGAUCUAGAGAUGAUCUCGCUGACUGAUGCCUCGGUGGAUGAGCUGUGUGAAGCAGUUGCUGCCAGCACCUCUUUAACAUCCCUAAUUCUAAAGAACAAUGGCCUCACUGACCUGUCCGUGCCCCGAUUGGUCAAACUUGUUCAGGACCGUCCUAUCAUGAAAGAGCUCAAUUUACAGUAUAAUGACUUCAGUGAGGAUGUUUUUGAGCUGAUGGACGUCUGCCCAAGGAUACAGUAUUAACACACCAGUAUUCCAUGUGAUGAGUGUCUGUGACUGAGGAGCUUAAAGACUGUGGAAAAAAAAAGUUUUACAUAUUGCAGAAGAUGCAGAAGAAUUACUUAUGCAUUAUUAACAAUGUUAAAAGUGUUUAUUAAUAAUGUAGGAAGUGCUUACGAAUGUGUCCUUCAGGCUUUACUUAAAAUAAUAGUCUAUAACUAUAAUUAUUUACCUUUUAUGCAAUUUUGUGCUCCAUGUGGAUAUAUUUUCUUACAGAAAUUUCAUUUUUUUAAUGAAAAUUCACUUUUAAUGCCAAAAGUCAAUAUAGUACAGAGUAUGUGGUGUAGAUGGUACUCUACAAUUCAGAAUUAAAAAUUCAGUAUUAAAGACAGUAACAAAAACAGACUGAAUAAUUCGACUUAAUAAACAUAAGGGAAGGUUUGUAAAUUGUCAUAUACAGUGCUGUCAAAAUGUAUUUGCCCACUACAAAUUUUUGUUUGCACUUUUUGUUAUCAUACUGUAUUUUCCGCACUUUAAGGCUCACUUAAUUUUUUACAUUUUCCCAAAAAUCGCUUUAUAAUCCGAUGUGCCUUAUGUAUGAAUUUUACUAGUGAGGUUGCAAGGAGCAGUAACGCUACCAGAGUAAAUUGCCAGAGCCCUGGGAGCGCACAAUUGGCCUUGCUCUUUCUGAGUGGGUAGAUGUCACUCUUUCCCCUCAUCACUCAUAGAGUGAUGUUGAUCAGCACAAGGCAUCUGUGAGCUGAUGUAUUAGAACCGAGUCGCGGCACUUUCCUCCGAGGCUACAUCAGCAGCAGUUUGAAAAGAGGCGGAGUCUGACUUCACAUGUGUCAGGGGAGGCAUGUGCUGGUCUUUACACUCCUUGUGUUUUGGCAUCACCUGUGAUGGGGUCUUGUGGAGAACAUUCCUCUACUGGUCAAUACACUGACACGCCAAAAGCAAUGGAAUAGAAUUAUGAUAACUGAAAAUUAAAUUGGGUAUGUCUACAGCUGUGUACAUUGUGAGGUGUUAUCUUGUGAGUUUGGCAGCACAAUGGGGAGGUUGUUUUAAUGUUCUGGCUGCUGAUCAGUGCAGAACUAUGACCAGUCAAACAACCAUUCAGAUGCAUUUUUUUAGUUUCUUUCCAUUUUGCUUCUGGCAGAAGUUGUAUUAUUGCUCUUGGAAACAUUUAGAUGGAUAAUGAGGUUUUGAAUAUAAUCAAACCCACAUGCUUCCCAAACUUGGACAUCAACAAUGUUGUUCAGAAUUUUUUGGUGUGUUCUCUCUUCCUAAACAUAGCUAACAAGCGAAUCUUUGUACCAAACAACACACCAGUCUGUUCACAUUUGCAGACAGAGCUACAGCGAUGUAGUUUUGGAAUUGCUUUAAGCAUUCCUGACCCAGUUCAGUGAAGGGUGUGAUUUGUGUGAAAUAUGUAAUUCAUGCACAGUAAUUUUGUCCUGAUUGUAUAAUUAUAUUUUCUGAUAAGUCGCAUUAUAUGGCAUUUGUAGCCUUGCUGCUUAACUGUUUUGCACAAUGCAGUAAAGGUAAGUGGGGCACAACUAACACAAGAUCAAACCUAACAAAAAUAAAUAAGGAUAUAUUUUUAUAUUGAAGCAUGUUAUGGAACAUGGGACUAGGAUCAAGUCCCAUGACUUUUGCCAUAGAAGCUUAAGAACACUGCACUGGGGGUCACUUUGUCUGAUCACAUGGACAAUUCUAGCCAGACACCGCUGGUCACAAUCAUUAUCACUCACUGCACUGUCCACUGUGGGUGGUAAUGCCUUCUAUGACAUAUUCUUGGAAUUCUUAGAAUGCACGUGACACUGUUGAUCGAGGAAUGUUAAAUGUUGCUGUUAUAAUUUGUGGUGUACAAUAAAUAGACAGUAUUUGACACAGAA